CACACCGUGCCUUUGAACUUGUGCUCUGUUGGGAAAAUUUCCGUCCAGUUUCCGAUUGUCUUCCUUUGAAGACUAUCGGCCCAUUAGUGUAGCUUCAUCCAUGCAAAAGCGGAUAAAUGUUUUUUCUUUGGAUGUGUAUUGAGCCCCGCAGCUUCCAUUAACCCCCGCCUUUAAACAGGCCUGCGGCCGCUCCACCGCUGCUGGGUGUGAUGGCUUCACACCUCCGCGGACCGCAGACGUCUGAUGUCGUUACGCGGCCGCUGGUGUGCCAGUCGGCCCCGAUGGCUGACCCAUUCACACGUCCGGACAACCUUUACCUUUGAUCGCGGAGGGAUUUAUUAACUCGAGAAAGCACAGAGGUCUCAAUCUCAGUCGGACGCUGGAGGAUCAUGUCUGCGGUUCAUAAGAAUAUGCGCGUCGGGGAUCUGAGUCACUUCCAGAUGUUUCAAGAAGGACCUCUGCAGAUGAACAGCGCGGUGACUUCAGAUUACGGAGCCUCAGAUGUUACAAACUACUUUACCUCAACAAACUCUGAUGCCAGGACGGACAAGUGCGUCGCCAUACUGACCCACAGGAGAAAGAGGACCAAUUUCACCCAGCAGCAAAUAGAGAUGCUGGAGAAAGUUUACUCUGACACCAAAUAUCCAGACAUCUACCUGAGAGAGAGAUUGGAGGCUCUGACUGGGCUGCCGGAGUCCAGGAUUCAGGUGUGGUUUCAGAACAGAAGGGCCAAGUCUCGUCGGCAAGUUGGCUCCUCAGUAUCUACAAAAGCAUCCAGCACACCAUCAGGAGGCCCCUUUGGGCAACUUCCAAGCAGAAUAGGUCCUGAGAAAGUCUAUGAUAGCCAUGGUACUGCAGUAUACAGGGCAGGGGCAUUUGGUCUAGAGAAUUGUUUCAGGCCCACAAUGGAGCACAGCACAGAGGAUGCUCUCAGGACCAUUGUUCAGCCCAAAUCCAGCAGCUACAACCACAUGCCACCCUCCUGCAUCUACGACAAGGGAACCAGGGCCACGGCUGAGCUAAUGCACCAGAUUAAGCCUGUUGGAGCUGUCCCAAGCUGCAACAUCCCUCUUUAUCCCAGUGAGCUGGAGCACCAUUCAAGAAUCAAAACCAACAUGCCUGGCCACCAGGGUCCAAACGUUCUGGUGGAGUACGACAAUUUCCCACCAAAUAAAACGAUCGGACCAGAGAUGAAAGUUGUGAUUCCUCCCUUACCGACCCAAAACAGCUUCAGCAGGUCAUCCCCAAAGGAUAAGGAAUGCCAAAUGCAGUAUCCACAACUGAGGGCCACAGACAGCUUCAACCAGUUUUCUCCAGUAUACACCAUAGAGGCUCAGGACAUCAGUGACUUGGAUUCAGACUGGGAAAGUGAUGCCACGGCUGGCUUUAUGUGA